AUGAUGAUGGUGGAUGAAGCUGGGAAGGUUAAUAGCGGUGAUGAAUCCGGCGCGCCUCUGUUGCAAGAGGAUGCUGCCUUGAACAAUGAUAGUGUUGCCACUCCUCAGCUGUUUACAUCCUUACCAACUCUAAAUGAAGCUACUGAUUAUCUUACCCAAACAACUUCAUUGAUAACUCGUUGCUUCCCUUCAGUGGACUUUUCUACUGGGGAUUAUGGAUAUUCAGCCCCUCUUCAGCAGGAACUGGCAACAAUCUCACGUGCACACGUCGAGCAAUCUGCAGUGGACACUGCAACUUCUGUUCCAUCAACUUCAGCCAGUACCCCCCCUUCUGUUGAUCGAGUAACAAGAUCUUCUUCUCAAGGACAAUCUGGGAAUGCUGGUGCAAUCGUGCCCUCUAGUUAUGGUGGACUAAAUGGAAUUUCUAUAUUUCAGGGACUUAUAGAGAGAGCAAGAAGAACUGUCCGUGGCUCUGCUGAUGAUAUAGGGUGGUUACAAUGUGCACCAGGGAUGCCUCCAGUUGAAGAUGGAACUGAAAGGUUUAUGGAGCUUCUUGAUAGCAUAAGGCAUGGUGUGCACAGGUUGCCGAAGUCUAUGGUUUACCUGUUGGUUCCAGGUCUCUUCAGCAACCAUGGACCACUUUAUUUUGUUAAUACGAAACAGUUCUUUUCGAAGAUAGGUCUAACCUGUCACAUCGCCAAGAUUCAUAGCGAGGCUUCAGUUGAGAAAAAUGCCAAAGAGAUUUAUGAAUGCAUUGAGGAAAUGUAUUGGGGCUCAAAUAAACGUGUCAUGCUUCUUGGACAUAGCAAAGGGGGUAUUGAUGCGGCUGCUGCUCUGUCAUUGUACUGGCCCAACUUACAAGAUAAGGUAGCAGGAUUAGUAUUGAUACAGAGUCCUUAUGGUGGUAGCCCAAUUGCAUCUGAUAUUCUACGUGAAGGCCAGCUUGGUGACUACGUUAAUGUGAGGAAGCUUAUGGAAAUCAUAAUAUGCAAAGUGAUUAAGGGUGAUAUGCAAGCCUUGGAGGAUCUAACAUACGAGAAGAGGAGAGAUUUCUUGACCAAAUAUCCUUUGCCAGAAGAAGUGGCAGUUGUAUCAUUUCACACAGAAGCCAGUGUUUCUCCUGCAGUUCUGGCAACAUUGUCUCGCGUGGCACAUGCAGAGUUACCAGUUGUUGCGCCUCUAUCUACUGGGCAGCCAACCAAACUUCCUGUUGUGAUGCCACUUGGUGCUGCGAUGGCUGCCUGCGCUCAGCUGCUUCAGGUCCGGUAUGGUGAAAAGAGUGAUGGACUGGUGACCCGUCGUGACGCAGAGGUUCCUGGAUCAGUUGUGGUCCGACCGGCACGAAAGCUGGACCAUGCUUGGAUGGUCUACUCGUCGCUAAACGACGACCCUUCUGAGGCAGAUGCUUCUCAAGUCUGUGAAGCUCUGCUAGAGUUGCUGGUGGAAGUUGGGCAGAAGAGGAGACAUGAAAUUGAAAAGAAACAGGAAUAA